AGACACAGAGAGAGAGGCAGAGGCAGAGGCCGGGGGAAGAGCAGGCUCCAAUGCGGGGAGCCCGACGCGGGACUGGAUCCCGUGACCCCGGGGUCACGCCCUGGGCCGCAGGCGGCCCUAAACCUCUGAGACACCCGGGAUGCCCCCGAAACUGCCUGUCUUUUCAAGUGGCCGCAGCAUUUUGCGUUCCCACCAACAGUAAAUGAGAAUUCCUGUUGCUCUGCUCCCACCAGCGUUUGGUGUUGUCAGUGUCUCAGAUUUUGGCCAUUCUAAUAGGAUCUUGGAGUGAAAAUAUACUAGAAUAUUUUCUGAGAAAUAACCAGAUCACAACAGAAGAUGGUGCUGAAAUCAUCUGGUAUCAUGCAGCUAAUCACAAGGCACAAGUGAAUGAAGCACUGAAAAGUACUGCUCACAUGAUAGAGGCCGAUGUUCUUCUUCCAAGUGAUGGAUCAGAAUAUAGCCAACCAAUCAUGGCCCAUCCUCCUGAAACAAAUAGUGAUAAUACUUUACAGGAAUGGCUGACUGAAGUUAUAAAAAGCAAUAAAGGCAUUAAGCUGGAUUUCAAGAGUCUGGCAGCUGUAGAACCAUCCAUGAUGCUCCUGGAAAAUGUGAAGAGGCAUCUGAAACGUCCUGUGUGGAUUAAUGCUGACAUUCUUCCUGGCCCAAAUGGAAACAGCAUGGUAGUGGAUGCAAAACCUUUUAUAGACACGGUGACAUCCUUCUUUCCAGAUGUGACAUUUUCCCUGGGUUGGACAACAGGAUGGCAUCCUGAGAAAGUCAAUGAAGGUUAUAGUUGGACAAUGGUGAAAGAAAUGGAAUAUAUUUGUAAGGAGUUAAAUCAGCCUGUAACAUUUCCUGUCAGAGCAGCAUUAGUCAGGCAGUCUUGUUCUCAAUUACUUUGGCUGUUAAAGAAAUCAAACAGGUAUAGCAUGACUAUUUGGACUGGAAAAAAUGAUAACUAUUCCACCGAAGAUUUACUUUGCAUUAGAGACUUUUUUGACAAGAAACAAGUUUUCUAUGACAUCUUGGAACCACAAAACCAUGAAUUUAAACAAGCCAUUGGAGUCAAAGUUAAUCUCUAAGAAGAUUCUUCUAAAUCAUUUCAUGUUUUGGUUUCAUAAUCUUCUGCUUUGGUCUGAAUUAAUUACCAUGUAAAUUGUGAUGAUUGAUUUAUGCUAUAAUUCAUCUACUCUAAAGACAUGCUUACUUUAUUAGGCCUAUGUCCUUAUGAUACUGUAUAUACUUAAAAGAUUUGGAAAGUGAAGAUUUCAGUGCGCCUGGUCUAAUAAUAAUUUAGGAAAAUUAUGCUUUAAACCCCUUUAUAAAAUGUAAUUUUGAUAUACUGAAGAUAAUUGAAGAGUUUAUAUGUCAAUAACAUAUAAUCACAUUACGGAGAUUCCACAAAACUAUGGCACCCUCUUUCUUUUGUCCUGGAGAACUGGUUAUUUCAGAGACUAAGGAAGAGUAAGAGGACUUUAAAAAUGUUUUAACUUUCACAGAGGUGACCAGAUUUCUCAUAACAGAAUAAAAUCCAUUUAUUGAAAAUAAUAUAGAUUAAAUUUGAUGGAUCUAGAAUUUCCGUAUUGUUGGGAACAUGCUGACAACUAUUUAAGUUUUUUAUAUUCCUUGUUUCAAUCACUAUAUUUUAUCUAUAGUAAGUACAAUAUUACUGGAGAUCAGAAUUUUAAUCCUAGUUAUGUAUCAUUUGGUUUUCAAAAUUCUCACACCACCAUAGUUCAGGCCCUUAUUUUACUGCUAGAAUUUUAAAAAGUUCUUCAUGACUUCAUUGUUCACAUUCUACUCAGAGAUGCCAUGAGUAUUUCUGCUGAAGAAAACUUUUGUAAGCACCUCUUGCCAAAUCAGAAAGCUGCAGGGGUCUCUUAAAUGCCACUUCAUUAAAUUUUACUCUUUCAAGAUCCUUCAUAAUGUAGCCCACUCUAAAAGUCACCUGUGUGAACUUCAGCUCUGUCAGCAUUUCAAAAAUGCCUAUAACAUCUAUGGUCUCCAGGUCUUACUUUAACAGUUAAUUUUAACUAUUUAAUAUUGUCCACUGAUUAUGUCAUACAUGUUAGUUUAUCUGCUCAGCUAGGUUAUAUAAAGUCCUUUAUAGUAAGGGAACAUUCUUAACUCCUUUACACUGGGUGGCAUAGUCUUGAGCAAGGUAUUCAGAAAAACAUGUACUUCUUUCAUUUAUUGAAAAGAAACUUACCAGUGAAUGUCCUAAAAUAUGUAAUUUGCUUGGUCUGUCAACUGUUUUCUCCUGGAAAAUAAUAGUAUAUAGAGAAAAGAACUUGGAUUUUGAAUUCAGACAGACUUCCCUUACAGCCCCAUUUCAGUCCCUUCCUAGCUGUAGAUUUUAGGGAAUAUUUAACCUCAUUGCGUCUUGGUUUCCUCAUCUGUAAAAUGGAGGGAAAAUGAGGAUUCUCUUGUACAGUUAUUAUGAAGAUUGAGAUUUAUGGAAUAAAGGCAUCUAGCUCAUACUCAACACAUAGCAAGUACUCAACAGACAAUUCCCUUCUGACUUAUGGGAUCAUAACCAUUAUAGAUAAUAGUAAGGGGUAUAACAUCAGACAUUGUAGAUGUAUAAAUAUUUAAGGAAGUCCACUGUAUUUCCACUUUAAAUUUUAACUACAACUAGAUGCAGUGCUAUUUGUCAAAUGAACUUCACUUUCUAUGGUUGUUUACCAGAAGCAAAAGAUGCAAUGUUAUAAUCAUAAAAUUUUAAUAAUAGCAACAAAGAAUAACUCUUUAAUAUUUCAGUAAAAUUAAUGUUUAUAAAUUUUCUAAAA